AUGGAGGCUUUUGCUCUUGUUAAGAAUUUCAUCACGAAAGUCUCGCAGGCGAAUUCAGAAACAUCGGAGGAAAAUACCGAUUCUGAUGGAUCGAAUACCACACCAGUGAAGAAAGCGAGAGUCAAGUGUAGGAAAAAAAAUUCUCCAACGACAAAUGUGAUUCAAUCGGAUCAUUUAAUUGGCAUUUUGAGGGAGAGAAAUUCGAAUGUGAAAAAUGAUAAGGAAACGACGACAAAACGACAGCAAAUACGCAUUGAACCAAAGGCAAAUAAGGGACCAUUUGCGAAGGAAGUUUCGCCAAAUUAUGUUCAAGUGCAAGUGCACCAAGAGAUACCAAUCGACCGCAACUACACGACAGAGUUAUGCAGCAGCAAUGCGCCGGGAAAACAGAAAAUUCCCAGGCCAGCAAAUGCCUUUAUGCUCUUUGCAAAUGAGUGGAGAAAAAAACUUGCCCUUAAAAAUCCUAAGGAAUCUAACAAGGACAUCAGCGUUAGAUUGGGAGUUCUUUGGAAGAAUAUGUCUCAAGAUGUUAAGGAGAAAUAUUUUGCUCUUGCUCGAGAAGUUGAUGCCGAACACAAGAGGAAAUAUCCCGAUUACGUCUAUAACCCAAAGGAGGCCAGACUGCGGAAAGCGAUGCGCGAGCAGAGCCGCGAGCUAUCGAGACAGAGCAUUUUGCAAACAACUGGAGCGGUUACAGGAUCAGGAUCAGGAACGUUGCCUGGAGGCAAUGGAAAUGGAGGUGGAGGAGGCGGCGGUGGCGGUGGCAACAUGAGUGUCUCGUCGACCGGGAAUUUCUUGAAUCAUCCGAUGGCCUGCGCCUCACCCAAUGCUGCUGUUGCGGCCGCGUCCUCGUUACCGGGCAGCCCCUCGAUCAACGCAAAUCGAAUCAUCAGCCCUUGGUUUCCGGUUGGUCACGGCGCGCCAACGAGUCACCUAAAGCCCAUCCUCACGCCCAGGGCACUGGCUGCUCAUCAAAGAACUUUGGAUAAAACUAAAGAUGUGAUACGUAAGCAAAUAGAAUGUGGGCCUCCCGGAGGAUUUCCGGGACCAGUUUACGGAGAAUUUGGAUCCCAUGGAUCACCAGCUCCUGGAAAUCCAAAUACCAAUCAGGACGGAAAUGAUUAUUGCGUAAUGGGCGAAUUCCCCGAGGGGCAAAAGUGGCAUCCUUAUCAGAAUGGAACGAAUGCCUAUCACUCGAGAGGAGCACCAGCGUCAAAAAUUAGCAAUUUACAUCGUAAUAUGCAGAGUUCGAAUCCUCAUCCCGGUCAUUGGACACAAUUCUGUGGGGUACCUUUAUCUCAAAAUUCCAUGAUUCGUGGUCCAAGGCAUAUGGUCUUCAUUCCAGAUCAGCAAAAUCAUUGCUUCUAUCCUGAGGAGAUGCAGAUUCCCUAUGGAUCGAAUAAAAUUGACAUCAAUCACAAAGUUCACACUUCUUAUCGUCAGCCAGAGCAUCAACAGGAAAAAACAAUGUCCUCGCCAGUGAACAUGCAACAAAUAUCAGACGAGGAAAAAUGCAGUGACGAUGGUCCAAAAUGGAGCACGACAAGUUCAGCGUCAACCUCCGAAUCAUCAUCAUCAUCAGCAGUAGCAGCAGCAAUAUCAACAAAUAAUCUCGUCUCAAAAUCCUCGAGAUCAGAAUCAUUUCCAAAAGAAGAGCAGGAAAAUCAUGAACAAAUUGAGCCAAAUCAACAGCAGCAGCAAUAUGUCGAAGUGAAACAGCCAAAAAUGAAUUGUAAACAGCCGCUGCCUGGUUUUCAUCAAGCAUUUGGUUCAACGGAAAUUGGAAGGUUUUCGAGAUCAGAAUUUUUCUCCAAUAUGGUCGGCGAAAGUAGCGGCGGCAAUGUAACACUGAUUCCGGAAAAUUUCCUGACCACUCCUGUUUUUCCAUAUUCUCCAAAAUCCCAAAACGGUAACGGAAAUUCACAGGACUCGAGAAAUGGCGAAGUUUUACAACGAAUUAUGGCCAAAGACUGUUAUUAUAUAAUACCAAAAUUUUCGUCAACAAAUUCAUCGGAAAAUUCAUCUAAGUAUGCUGCUAUAAUGGACUGUCGUCAUGGAAUAUCGCAGGAAUGGUUUGAACCAGUUCAGCCGCAAAAUGUUCAAAUCGCUUAUUUAAAUCAUUCGCCAACAAUUCUUCUGCACAAGGGAAAUAUUGGAAAUUCGACAAAUAAUUGCAAUUCCUGUCAGUGCAUCAAAUUGAAUGAAAAUCCAGAAAGCAACAGUGAUUCCGAAGGACUAGACCUUCGAGUCAUGGAAAAUUCCAAAAUUCAGAAAAAUGAUUCCAAAGAUGAUCUGUAGAUAAGUUUCGAAAAUUUUUUUUUUUUACUUUAUUUUAUCCUCUUUUUUCUUUAAUUUCGUUUUUUAAUUUCUAUUCUAUAUAGUUUUUGGGGAAAAAACCAAAGUUUCGUUAUUUG